AUGGCUUCAUCAGACAUAGCUGCUACUUUGUUAGAUGGUGGUCGAACAGCACAUUCUGCUUUUAAGUUACCACUAGAUGUCCAUAAAAAUCCAAAUGCUAUGUGUAACAUUAAGAAAAGGAGUGGAAUGGCUACAGUGUUACAAAAGAGUUUAAUCAUAAUUUGGGAUGAGUGUACCAUGGCUCAUAAACAUUCACUCGAAGCAUUAAAUAGAACUUUGCAGGAUUUAAACAGUAAUGACAGACUUUUUGGUGGAGCUAUUCUACUAGUAUCUGGUGAUUUUUGGCAGACAUUGCCAGUGAUUCCACGCUCUACUUUUGCUGAUGAAAUCAAUGCAUGUUUAUAA